AUGUCUGUCAGUUACACUGACCUCAGACUGGUCAAUGGUCCUGACAUCUGUUCUGGUCGAGUUGAGCGUCAGUACUUCAGUGAAUGGGGAACAGUGUGUGAUGCAUGCUGGGAUAUGAGAGCUGCCAGUGUCCUCUGUAGACAGCUGAAUUGUGGGAUUGCUGUGUCUGUUGUGGGAUCAGACUGGUUUGGAGAGGGAAGUGGUGAAAUCUGGGCUGAUGUGUUUGAUUGUGACGGGAAUGAAACAAAACUCUCAGAAUGUUCCAUCUCUUCAUGGAGUCGAGCUGAAUGUUCUCAUAGACGAGAUGUUGGAGUCAUCUGCUCUAAUUCCUCUCUGGCUGUUCAUGAUGGUCUGGUGCGGUUGUCUGGAGAGAGACAGUGUGAGGGGGAGGUGGAAGUUUCCAUCCAUCAGGUCUGGAGGAGAGUUCUGCUGGACUCCUGGAGUCUCACUGAAUCCUCUGUGGUCUGCAGACAGCUGGGCUGUGGCUCUGUGCUGAGCUUCUCCGGCUCCUCUUCAUCCAGUCCUGAACACAGUCAUGAGUGUGUGACGGGCUUCCAGUGCUCUGGGAGUGAAGCUCAUCUGGGGAACUGCAGCUCUCCACAAACUCUCAACUGCAGCUCCACACAACAGCUGUCAAUCACCUGCCUUGGUCACGGGUCCAUCAGGCUGGUGGGUUCUGGGGGAGACUGUGCAGGGAGGCUGGAGGUUUUUCACAGCGGCUCAUGGGGGACAGUGUGUGAUGACUCCUGGGAUAUUAAAGAUGCCCAUGUGGUGUGCAGACAGCUGCAGUGUGGAGUGGCCCUCAGUAACCAGCAGGUACCAGCCUGGUUUGGUCCUGGUUCUGGGCCCAUAUGGCUGGAUGAGGUGGAGUGUGAGGGGAAUGAGACGUCCCUGUGGAGCUGCUCUUCUCCAGGCUGGGGAAAACAUGACUGUCAACACAAGGAGGAUGUAGGAGUCGUGUGCUCAGAGUUUAAAGAGAUCAGGUUAACUGAGGGCUGUGAAGGGAAUGUGGAGGUUUUCUACAAUGGAUCCUGGGGAAAUGUGUGCUGGAACCAGAUGGAAACAGACACAGUGAGUCUGAUCUGUCAAGAGCUGAACUGUGGAAGAUCUGGUGUUUUGUCUGAUUCUACAACAAGACUGGAAUCAGCUCCUAACUGGCUGGAUGAAGUGAAAUGUCGACCACAUGAUUCAAAUCUGUGGCAGUGUCCAUCUUCACCCUGGGGACAGAACUACUGUACUAAAAAUGAAGUGGCCAAAAUCAAUUGCUCAGGUUAGAUGAUAUUUACAGUA